CUUGAUAGUCAUAAGUUUGUGUUUAUGUAUUGAACGUUUUGACCUUUCAAGUGGAUUUUAUCUGCCGAUUACCUGGUCGUUGGAGAGAAUCCCUGAACCAGGUCUACGCGACCUUUGGAAUAUAGAGCAGACCCAAGAGCCUGAGAUCGGCCAUUGUUUUGACAAAGUUUGAUCUACCUGUCUUCGUUACGUAAUAAAGGCCGCGUGGCGAUCCUUUCAAUACUUCAGCGAAAAAUUGGGCAGUUGACACUGGAUUUGGUUUUUCAAAGGUUGGACAUUUUUGCCAUUUCCACCACAGUCGAAAGGAAAUAAUAUUUUAAUAGUGCAUGCGCAAGACACUUCCUGAAAACUAAUACCGUGGAUUCACCAGACGGAUAUACGAGCUAUCGUCGCGCUUCUUUUACGAAUCCGGAUUUCUUGUUCGUCACUUUGAAGAAACUUCAUUUAACAAGUUUGAGAGCUUUGGAGUGCGACGUCUGAACACUGGUUUUCUUAAAGUUGGAACUGGGACACGAAUGUAAAGCGCACCUGGAAAUAAGUGUUAUAUGCUGAAAUAGGCCGCAUACGGCGGCAACAUGUGAAAAUCUCACACGGUAUCCGCGACCCCCGCGCCUUACACUUCUGACACGGGACUAGAGACGCCACUGAAAUGUGUCUCAAGACUUCACCCGGGAGACACCUUUGCAGGAGCGUCCAAUCCUACCAGGAACCAUAAGUGCGAUUCUCACGGUACAACAGAAAAUAGGGCGGCUUCGGCGGCGAACCCUUUUUUCUGUGUCGUUGUUUUCGACCUCAGAGCUCAGAAUUGGUGACGUUGUACCUAGACGGCUCCGGCGCACACAAAACAGGGACAACGUCCAAGCGGUGCGAGCAGGCGGGCAAAGACCUUCGUCCCCCUCUAUAUGCCCUAGCGCUUCUCGCUCCCACGAUAAAACGGACGCACCUUUAUAACAGCUUUUAUCUUCCAUCCAUAUCUUAUCGAGGCACAUCAGCUCGGUUGCUCUGUGAUCAACGCACCAGAGUCUCUGGCGUGUCGUUGGCUGUUGCAGAAUCCCUUGAGGAGGGACUUGAAAAAUUUCCAACGGGAAGAAUUAAGUAUAAAACACUUUUCUGAAUUCCGUAAAUCAGAAGUCUGUAGACCUGAAGCCUGCUGACAUCACACCAUUCUGCUUUUGGGUACGUGAAUCACUGAAGGAGUAAGGAAGUUAAAGGUUCACCGAACGAGGAGGGAAAAAAAGCCAGAACGAUUUUUUUCCCUAAGCAGGACAUACAGAAGGCGGAAGGUAUUAAUAAGGCAAUUGUGUUGGGUUUUCAAUUCGAGGUAAUACAUGAUAUGCAAGUUAAAAGAAAGGAGUCGAAGUGAAAAAGGCUUGCACUUAAACGUCCACAAACUAUUUGUAAUGUUCUUUAACCCUGGAACACCUACGAAAACUGAGCCUUAUUAGCUAGGACGAUGUCUCGGUCUGACGAAGAGUGGAGACAAACCCCUCCGCCCCCGCAUUCCCACCCUUCCGUCUGUGUGAUUAAGGAAGAACCGCGAUCACCAGGCAGCCAUCAUUCGGAGUCCGGGGGCGAAGUUUCCAAUCCGAGAAGCACACCGCUAAACAACCAUGCCCCUAGUCACAGUCCCACGCCACCACCAUCAGCCUUGGGUCCGACUUUGGUGUCGCACACCCACUUGAACGAGGACAGUCCGUCCCCUGGUCCUGUGUCCCUCACGACGGUGUCCAACGGGAGCGGUGUUCAUUUGCACGCCCCACACGGUUUAACGACGCACAACGUGCCCUUGGCCUUCGACAGUGCAGGCCACCUUCUACCAACAGAGGAGGUCGAGGGUUUCUUCAACAGUUUGGACCGUCCAAGCAUCACUCUGGCGGGCCAUUAUCAUGUGGGGGCACCGUCCGGGCCGGGCAGUAGCCUUACCACCCUUACCAGCUCCCCAAUCCACUCCACCCACUCCAUGUACCCCGGGGGUACGGGAGCGGGCCUUAUCACAGUCCAGCCUCCAGCUUACACGGACACAACUCCUGGAAGUUACCUACAUAGUUCGGCCACCAUGACAUCUCUGUAUGCUCCCUCCGCCCCCAGGGCCAGUUCCAUGCCGGCGCACUACACCAGCUCUACCCCCCACCCCUCCUCUGUGCCCCAUCCGGCAUCCCCUGGAUCCUCCGCCAUGUGGCCCCUCCAGACGGACCUCUACAGCCCCUCCAACAACUCCCCAUCCCGUUAUUACACUUCCCCCGCCAGCAGCUCUCAGCUCAGCCCCACACUGGCUCCCCUGUCUUCCCGUAGUGAGCAGAGCUAUUCCAUGCCGUACCCCCGCCAUUCUGGGGUUUCGGGGGUCUCGUACAGUAGUUACAUGAACCCCGACGCCUCUUGGAGUUCCUACAGUAACAUGACCUUAACUCAGGAACAGAGGGCAGCACUAAUUGAAAGAGAACCGGGAGAUUAUUAUGGAGAAGGACGAGAAUGUGUCAACUGCGGCGCCAUAUCCACUCCAUUAUGGCGGCGAGACGGAACCGGACAUUACCUCUGCAACGCAUGCGGGCUGUAUCACAAAAUGAAUGGGAUAAACAGACCGCCAAUCAAACCACAGCGACGUCUGGAGGAAGUUGAAGAAAGAAAAAAAUAUACAGAAGUCAAGUAUGAGAAGGCGAGUAAUCGAAGGAUGGGUUUAUCCUGUGCCAACUGUAAUACGACGACAACAACGUUGUGGCGGAGGAAUACAGAGGGCGAGCCGGUUUGCAAUGCGUGUGGACUAUAUUAUAAACUACAUCAGGUAAACCGACCAUUGUCGAUGAAAAAAGACGGAAUCCAAACCCGAAAGAGAAAACCGAAGACACCGACGAAAUCCAAGUCCCCUGUGAAGGAUAUUUGUCAGGAGCAUCCUUUACAUGACAUUAAGCCAGUGACGUCAUCAUACUCAGUAUAUCAGAUGCAUAAUUCGGCGGUACUGGCCGCGCUCAACAGCUCCCCUGGCGGCCUGGUGACGUCAGGAACAGCGCCUUCUACGUCACGCUGUGUGGAGACGCUCAUUAACCGGAACCAUAUGUUAGACCCAGGAAUGUUCCUCAAACAGGGGAUUGAUAUUUAUUCUGCUCCCCCUUCCCCUCCAAAAGCAGUCCCCGUGCCCCAGAGUGAAUCCACGCCCGGAAGUGACGUCCAUGACGAUGUGACUGCGCCUACGCCUCACAGAGACUUAACUCAGCUAAAAGCUGCUGACGUGUCGCAAAGCUAGUUUUGAAUUAAAAAAAAAAACUCUGGGUGGCAAUUAUCCGCUGGAACAUUCAUGACCAUAUGAAAGUGUGUCUCUUGCCAAUAGUUCAUUGCUCAUAACAGCUUUCUUUAUAAAGUUGGACACACAAGCAGUAUUUCAAAAUGGAUACCCAAUCCCCGUAAAUCUCGUCAGGGCGCCUUUUUCUGACUUCUGGUCUGUAAUUCAUGAAACAUUCUAUGCACCCCUUCAACCGACCCCUACUUCUUUAACCACCCCACACACAAGCCCUAAACGAGAAUGAAACCUGGACUUGAUAUUUGCCAUUUCCGAUUACAAUUGGUGGACUUAUCAUUAUGUCACCUUUCUGCCAAACAAGAACCUUCUUAAAAAAUUACUGCGUCAGACUCAGAGCCGUACAUACGUGGCUUCAAUUAUACUAAUUAAAUCUACUUAGAGAUUCAUGGACUUAUGAAUCUGAACUAGUUGUGAGAGAGAAAGCAGUUCAAAUAUUCACUUUUAUUUUAGACAUUGUGUCAUUAUUUUAUAGAUGCUCAUGAGACACGUGCUCUGUUUGUAACCCGGGUUAUCUCAAGGAAGAUCUAUCAGUUCUAGUUUUUGGAAUUUAAGAAGGGCAAAAUUUGUUUUGUGGUCCAUUAUCUUUUUGCUAGAAGCAAAAAAA